GGCGCCGCGAUAGGCCCAACCGGACCGCAGGAGCGAGCGGGAAGCGCAGCGAGCGUGCAUCCUCUUCCGCCCCGGCCCGGAAGGGUGAUGUGGCUGGACCAGCACCGGCCUCACUAUGUCGGCCAUUUUCAAUUUUCAGAGUCUGUUGACUGUAAUCUUGCUGCUUAUUUGUACGUGUGCUUAUAUCCGAUCCCUGGCACCCAGCAUCCUGGACAGAAAUAAAACUGGACUAUUGGGAAUAUUUUGGAAGUGUGCCCGAAUUGGUGAACGCAAGAGUCCUUAUGUCGCCGUGUGCUGUAUAGUGAUGGCCUUCAGCAUCCUCUUCAUACAGUAGCAUGUGAUUGCCGUCAGACUGUAAACAAGGACUUGCCUCCAGAAAACAAUGGGAAGAAGACUAAGCCAUUAGUCUCUAAACAUGGAAUGAGAUAAAUUUCAAGAUGCUCUUCUCUAUUUUUAUGCUGUUGGACCAAUGAGCUGUAUGAAUAAUUAAGAUGUAACAGUUAAUACACAGGAAUGUGAUUGUAGCAUCAACCUCAGUUCUCUCACUCCAGUAUUACACUCUGCAAAUGUCAUUCUGUUGUGUCAGGACUGCUUUCUGUAAGGUUCUCCAGGGACAAAAUAGAAACCCAGUGGCAAAUUCCACAGGCUCCUUUGACUAGCGCUUCAAAAUAAUGUCUUCACAGAAUGAUACCUUCUAGCGACUGGGCUAUUUUUAUUGAGAAAAAAAAAUUGUUCUAUUUUUGUUCUUGUUACUGUUCUUAUGGAUUGCAUUCAUAUUUAAACCUUUUGAUUGCUAACCAGAUUACCUCUAUUCUUGGCAAAUUCUGUAAUUUAUUACAGGAGUUUAAAGCAUUUUAAACAAAACUCUGAUUUUCUUUACUUAGCAUAAGAGGUGAGCUUCUAGUUACAGAGACACCUGAUGUCGGAGAGUAUCUUAGAAUGAAAAGCAGCAAGUAGAGUGGUGAACGAGUAAGCACCAUGCAUUCUUCACUCUCUGUAGCAUUGUCUUCCAAAUAGAAUGAAUGUCCAUUGGAGUUACCCAAAUGUGGUAUUUGUGGUAUUUUUAAUGCAGCACUUUAAAUCUAGUUUCUGUUGUCAGCUUCAACUGGAAUCUCUUUUGUAACUGUGUAGGUGACAAACAUAUCUCAUAUCUGCUUAGUCUGGGUACUGUGCUCUAAGUAUAUUUCAGCUUUGACACAGAAUGUGAAUAGAUUUAAAUGAAGCAUUCAUAUCAAAGGGUACUUGCAAGUUUGUGUCAAACAUUCCCAGAGGAUCAGCUGAAAAUCAGUUACUGUUUCAAAGCAAAGAGGAAUUAAAUCCUAGCUGAAAACA